AUGAAUCUAAUGUUGGAAACGCCGAGAUACAUGUGUCGGAAAUGCACAAGUCAUCUGUUGCGCCAAUAUUCCACAUCUUUCAUCCGACAAGUGAGAGCAUCUGAAAGCGCCUCCAAUCCAAUAGUGCAGGCAGCUCAAUUGCAAAAUAGGAAGUACUCAAGGCCACAUCUUCGUGGAAAGCUUCAUCCAAACUUCCCUGGGAUUUCGCGACUACAUACAAGCGAUCACAAUGACAAUGUGGAAGCAAACAUUGUAGAGACAAGACCAAGAGGCCGCAUAAGACCUGGACGACCACGGCGAAUUGAAACGAUUGUGAGAACAGACACUACGUCAGUAGAGUCGCCCGAAGAUGUCGAGAGGAAUCUACAAAGGCCCUUGCCAAGGACUCGGUCACAGAAUGCCAUCGAAGUACUUAUACCAAGCAUGCCAUCUGCACCUAUAGGCUCAAUGCCAAAGCCAAUGGCCGCACCACUACUCAUACCUGAACUAUCUACAGUUCAGAGCAAGAAUCGUCCAGAAGACUUCAACUGGUAUUGGGAGUCCUUCCCACCUACCAUCAACGAUAAAGUGCUCGCCAACCGCUUCUUCACGAACCAUGGCAAGGACGCCACGCUCCUGCGAAGUGUAGCGCAGUUCCGCAUGUUUCCUGAAUCUGACGUUCCAGAAGUUGCCUUUGUUGGCCGCAGCAAUGUUGGAAAAUCCAGCCUGCUGAAUGCUGUGGUCGGUGCAGACGUCAAAAGCUUGCUAGCACGCACUUCAUCGACACCGGGCUUCACCAAGACGAUGAACCUUUACGGCGUAGGUUCUGGAAAUGGCAUUGUACUCAAAAAGCAGCCCGACGGUCGUGACAAGAUUAUUGGGAGAAGUGGUCUGGUAAUUGUAGACAUGCCUGGUUACGGUGAAGGAUCGCUGUCCUCUUGGGGUGUCGAGAUCAUGAAGUACAUCCAGUCGCGCAAACAACUCCGUCGUGUCUUUGUUCUUCUUGAUGCUCAACAUGGUAUUAAGGAUAAGGAUCGCUCGCUUCUUGCGACUCUGCGUCUUACAGGUGUCAGCCAUCAGGUCAUCCUUUCCAAGUUGGACAAAAUAUAUAUACCCAAAGCGAAGGAAAUUAAGCAUUUCAACGGAAAGUCGGUGGGUAAGCUAAAGCCUAAGGGUACGCUACAGGGAUUGCGAGAGGCAAUGGAGAAGUUGAAAGUUGACAUCAAGCCACCGGUUGGCGGAGGGGCGCUUGGAGAAAUAUUGGGAUGUAGUGCGGAGACUGUCGUCGAUGGCAAGAGGUUAGGCAUUGAUCAUGUGAGAUAUGCAGUGCUGAAAGCUGCUGGGUUGGAGUCAAGGGGGAAGAAGCUCAUUCUUGAUAAUGAGAACUGA